AGACAGGAAUUGCUCAGGUCAAUGCGGAAACAGCAGGAGAAAGACCUGUGGAAACCUUUCCAAACACUAUAGUCUUGCUGUUAAAACAUUAGUUUGGCGCCGUGUUGUUUAGUUGGCUGUGGAUCAAAAGCAGUGGGUCAUUCUGAAAAGUUUGCUUCUUUCUACGCAUUUGUUGUUGAUGAAGUGGAGAACUGCAUCGUAUAGAGAAUGAACAGAGUAGCCAACUGUAGCUGGAUUGGGCCUGAGAUCCCUCUGUCUUCACAAUUCUUUAGUGCCAUUAAAAAUGAGCUGUGGCUCUUCCUCAUCCCUGCCGCCCUGGCUGUCAUUUUAUUGGCCGUCUUUCUGGAGGAAGUUGGCUUCUUCGUGCGUCACAUUUCCUCAUCCAGACGUAAACAUCUCUACCUGUGGAUAUUAGGAAUGUACCCGGUAUUUGCCUUGACUUCCCUUAUAGCACUGUAUGUGCCACGCUCUUCCUCGCUGUGCAAUUUCAUUGCUUCGCUGUAUCACUCCAUCACCUUGCUGAAAUUCAUGGGACUGAUCACAGACUUCUUUGGUGGUAAAGCUCGUAUGCUGGUGGCUCUGUCUGGACAGCAAGUAUCUCCAGAUCCCUUCCCCUGUUGCUGCUGCUGCUGUUUCCCAAUGGUGGCCAUCAACAGCAGCAGCUGUGCUUGGAUGAUGGCUGCUGUGCUUCAGCUCUCGGUUGUCCGCAGCAUCUUAUUCUUUGUUACUUUGGUCCUGUGGACAGAUGAACAGUACGACUAUGGUGAUGUGGAUUCAGUCAACCCCAACUUGUAUGUGAACGCGAUCAUAGGUGUGUCAACCUUUGUGUCCUUUUAUGGCCACCUCCUGUUUUACAAAGCCACGAAGAGUGCUUUACAUGGGCAUGGACUGAGACCCAAAUUUAUCUGCAUCAUUGUGGUGUUGGUGCUGUGUGGCCUGCAGAGUGGCAUCUUGGAGACCAUGGGUGCUCUAGCAGUUAUCCCCUGCACACCGCCAUUCUCUGUCUUAUCCAGGUCCCAGUUGAUCUAUCACUACAGUGUAAUUGUGGAGAUGUUCUGCAUUGGCCUGUAUGCCCGCCACACUUUCCGUAAGGUGGAACCCAGCGAGGUGGAGAGGCCUGUCAGUGUCUCGAAGAUGGAAACUGCUGUUCAAACAGAUGAUGUUCAGAUUGCACAUCACAAGUCUAGCCUGCUUUCAGAGGAUGCUUGGCCUGGCCGCCAACCCGUCAGUGUCUUCAGUCCUGGUUAUAACACUGACAGUGAGGACAGCCUAUGCAGGAUCGAACAUACUCCUCUAGAUGGUUUCGACUUCCCUCAGGCCAAAGGUCAACAUCGAAGCCAGCCAGAACCAGUACAGCCCAGGUCUGCAGAAAAGCCUAGUGUAGAAAUGAACCAUAUCACCGUCAAGGCUGACGUUACAUAUGAUGAUUGUAAGGAUGUCACUGUGGUCUGACCAAUGGAAGACAUUUAACAAAAGGUUAAACUUAGUCAGUGAGAAUGCUAGUACUGACUUGGUCUGUGUGAGAUCUUGUCUGGAGAACUUGGCUUUGAUAAAUUGAGCAAACACUGAAGCAUGUAAUUGCAUAACAUAUGGGAGCUGUGCAUUGGCAUUUUUCUCCUUCUGCACACAGUACAGAUUUGCCAAACUUUGCAAAUAUUCCGAGAUGUGUUUUUUGUUAUGUAUUCAUUGUGUUUUGUUCUUUGUAGUUGUGUAUAACACAAACACUUAUUGUGAUAUUUUAAAGAAAUGCAAAGAGACCAUAACAUACAAGGUUAAGGCAUUUAAAGAGCUACAAACCGUUACCUUUUGAAGUGGUGUGCUAUAGUGUUCAGAUUUGUUGCUUAGCUGUGUGUACCUGCAGCAUUGCUUCUUCUUGAUUUCCUACGGUUUGAAUUGUACCUUAUUUAUGCAGUCAUAUGAAAAAGUUUAUACAUCCCAAUAGUUUUUGGACAUAUUUGGAGAUUUGUCUACAGGUAAAGGUGAUAUGAACACAACCACAACAAAACCUAGAGUUGCACAAGAGAGUGCAGACCUCCACAAAGGCCAAUAAUCCACUGUUUUCCGAUAUGUGAUUGCACAACUCCUGAUCAACAGGAGGAAAGUUGAAUGUGUUCUUCCUUCGCACAUGCUCCACCUCUUCACCAAGUUUAAUAAAAAAAUAUUUUUUGUCUAUUCCUGGCAAGCAAACCAAAAAUAUAAAAAUCAAACCUCUUUGGUGGAGGCAAUGAGCUCUCACAUCAGUGAAAUAUGUUGACAAUAUCAAUGCAUUGUUAGUGGAAUAUUCCUCAGUGAGUUAGUAGAUUUAAGAAUGUUAACAGAUAACAGAUUAGGCUCUGAUGUUGAUUUAAGUUAGUAUUGUAAAGUUAACUAACACCCUUUUAAUUGUUAAUACAGUUCUCUUAAUGUAGCUUCAUCCAAAGUUGUGAAAUUAGAGAAAAAUGCAUCUACAUGUGAUUUAUUUUAUUUUAUGUUUUGAGGCUGCAGUGAGUUAAACUCUAUUUAAAUCUUAAACUGAUGUGUGAUUGUAAAGUGGGAUGAGAGGAUGAAAUUACAAAAUCCAUUUUUUGAUACAAAGCAGUAAAAUAUAGUUAAUGUUACAAAGCAGUGCUACUGAUAAUAAUUUAGAGUAAAUAACUGAUACUUCUAAAGGGUAAAUUCAAAUGAGUUGACUGAUUUUGGCUUUAUGACUGUGUUGACCAGUAUUUGAAUCUGUUAUGCUGCAGCUCAGUUGAUUCUGAAAUGAAGAAAAAGAAAGGGAAGCUGGAAGAUGUAAGCGAGUUUUAAGACUUAAGGUCAAUUUAAAAUAGACCAGCAAAUUAACGAAGCGAAUCAUAAUACACCCAAUGAGAAAUCUUACUAAAUAUUUCAAGUAUUGUUACUACUGUAUUAUAUAAGUAAUCCUACUAAGCAUGUAUUCAUUUCAGUGUCAUUGCUUGUUAGUUUAUAUUGGCAAUCUAUGCAUUUUUUUUUAUACAAAUAAAGUUUAUUGUAAGGUAUAA